CUUAUUUCCUCAACCUUCAUUUUAAACAGUUGCUGUUAGGUUAUAAAAUGUCCAAUGCAAAAAUGAUUUUCACUACAAAAUUGUUGUUAUCACUCGUUUUAAUAAAAAACAUAGCAUCGAAUGUAAUCCCAUUCGUUAAUUACGACACUCAAAAUAGCCUUUUAAGUGCUACUUCAACAAAGAAACCACUCGUAAAUGUUAAACGAGAUGAUAUUUUUAAUAAGAAAUUUGAUUCUCGGAUUUUGAUGAACAACAUUAUGACGUUGGAAAUCAACAGAACACGAAAUCUUUUUCCAAACCUUAGAAAUCUAGACAAUAAUUAUGGAGAUAGAAGAUUAACUAUUAUACCGACAGGAAUAAUUAAAUAUGUAGGAGGAGCUGCUAUCGGCUUGAUAUUUAGUUGUUUUCUGGCGUGUUGUAAAUAUAUGAUGUGUAAAAAACAAAAAAACACGUUGUGUGAAGAACAACCAUUUUCGGAUAUUCCUCCAGCUGAGGAACAACCAAUUUCGUAUAUUCCUCCAGCUGAGGAACAACCAAUUUCGGAUAUUCCUCCAUCUGAGGAUCGCCGCUUUGUUCUCGUUCAUCCAAUUCCUGCACUAAAUUAAGUGGGUUGAGGUUAUGUUCGUAUUUAUAGUAUAAUUAAAUUUGUUAAUAUGAUACUGCAGUAAUAAUAAAUAUAUUU